UGUGUCAUACCCGGGCGGGACUCGUCUAACAAGACCUAGGGCUUUUUUGGUUAUUUACCAGAGAACGGUCCAUCCGCCUUCAUUCCAACAACACGAUCGUGUCGUUUAGAUCACAAACAUCACUUUGGAUUUGUCAUUCUUCCAAUUCGUGUUAUCUGUUUGUCGGAUUUGGAUUCAUUUACAGUGGGCAAUUUGUUGGAUUACCAAUGAGAUGAGUUGAUGGUGUCAAAGAAGGAUUACAGAUUGGUACCGCAUACAAUGGAACAGGGUGAAGUAAUGAAAGUUAAGUACCUGAGAGAAAAGUUCCAGAAUGAUGAAUCAUCAAAGAGUCGAUUCAAACCUGCUAUCCCAGAUAAACCUAAAACCAUCCCACCAACAUCUCCCACUGCAAAAAUCAGCAACCCGCUAAUUGCUUCCAUCAACUCAGCUGUGGAGAACCGCUUGGUCCCUCGUGUGGUCUUUAAAGAUGACAAAAAGAACCGCCAAUUUCCUCAACCUGGAACAUCACUAGUAAAGGCAAAGCCUAUUUUACUGGAUAAGAACCAAAAGAAGGAAGCAGAUCUCAUCAAACAAGCCCUAAAAGAUAAGAAGAUUGUGGUCCCAAGUCCUGUUACUCCAGUCUCAGAACAGAAACCCAAACCCGAGACUGUCCAAAAGUCUCCAGUUUUAGAGACACCAGUCAAAGUCCCUACACCUAUAUUCAACAAGAGAGAGAAAGAUGAGAAAGAGAAAACAAGCCCAUCAAAAUGUGAUGUACCGGGUGUCCUUGAUCAUUCAGAUUCUACCAUUUACACUCGUGCCAAGGUAGAAGCUACAGUUAACCAGUCUGUGGAUCCCAAAGUUUCUGUUCCAUCUGUUACAGCAAACCCUAUUAUCUCUGCUCCAGUUGUUUCUCCUCGUACAAUUCCAUCGUCAAAACCUCUUGUCCUAACAGAUCCAGAGCCUGUCUUCCAAAAUGGUCCUCAGUUGGAGCAACCAAGACCAGAAAAUCCUAUUAGACAUAAUUUAAGUCAAGCAGCAGAUAUUUUUCCACAUGGUUUACCAGAGGAGGCAGCCUCUAUUCCAGAGAUCCCUGAUAUUCUUGAUAUGGAUAUCCCACCUCCAAUUAUUCCUGAGGACUUUUCUGAUGGUGGCACUUCUCUCCUUGAUAUAUCUACCAGUGUUACUUCUGAGCAUCCAUUUCCUGGGGCUUCUCUUUCUGUUAAUCCAGUUCCCAGCAGUUCAGCUUUAUUCCGUACAGCUUCCCCUAUUCCAACAAUAGAAAGCCCGUAUUCAGAUUCUGUUUUUACCUUCAGUCCUUUGCCAGCAUUCAGUCCUUUGCCAGCAUUUUCAGAAUUUCCAUCAAGUGUUGAGUCACUGGCAGAAAACAAGGCGACUGAAUCCCAAAAGGCGAUUGAUCACACAGAAAAGCCUUUAGAAGUUCCAUUGUCAAGCUCACCCAACACUAAUACAGUGGUCUCUGCUUUAGCAAGAGCUGAAGAGAUGGCCCCUGUUAAGAAUAGCUCUUGUGAUCGGCUGCUAACCCUUCUAGAAAAGGCUAAACGAAAGUCUACAGUGGGCUCUGAAUAUGCCACACAUGACCCUUUGCCUGUAGUUGAGACAAAUCUGCCCAGCAAUGAUCCACUUGAGUCUUCAGCCCAUGCUGAAACACCCUCAUAUGUGGAUACCCCAAAUGUCCUGGAAACUCCUUUGAUUCUUCCUGAUAUCCCCCCUGUUGACUAUGAGGGCAAGGCAGAAGAAGCAACAAUGACAGAUUACAACACCCAACCCUAUGAAUCAGCUCUCAUUGAUGAAGAGCACGAGAAGGAACGAGAGAAAAAAGAACAGAAGGAAAAAGAGAAGAAAGAAAAUGAAAUCAGGAAGAAAUUCAGGAUCACAGGAGAAGAGGAGGCCUUGUACCAAGCAAAAGUGAUAGAGACCACUAAGGGCCGUAAAGAUGAUCUGGCAAUAAAAGCUGGAGAGAUUGUCAGCAUUAUUCGCACCACAGACUGCCCCAAAGGAAAAUGGCUGGCCAGGGACAAUACAAACAAAUAUGGCUACAUCCCUGUGGAGAGUGUGGAGCUGAAUAUUCAGGAGAUGAUGGGGCUGAAGCAUAAAGCUGCAAACAGGACCAGCAUUAAUGGGAUCAUAGAAACAGAUUCCAGUACAGACAUCAGAUCCUCCCAGCAUUACAGUCUGAACCAAGAGAGCUUUGAUGAUGACAGCGAGGAGUGGGGUGACGAUGAUGACACAGUUUUCCCACCAGCUCACACCACGGAUCUAGAAAUAAACCAGAGGGUGGCAUCUCCACACAGGGGUUCAGAGCCAGUUCCAUCCCUGGCAGGUCACCCUGAUAGAAGCGAUAAUCAUUCAGGACAAGAAGCUCUUCAUAAACUGUCAACCUUCUUUGCUCAGCCAAAAGCACCCACACUGCAAAGCGACGCAAUACUCCUUCCUCCUCCGGAUCUCUACGCUGACAUCGUCAAAGGAUAAACAGGAUGCAUUUUGCUUGAAAGAAUGCGAUUUGUAAUCCUUUAUAUGCUUUAAUAUAUAUUUAGCAAGUACUGUGCUGUGUCAGCUGCUUGAUAUUUCCCCAGUCACUUUUGCAUCACCAGGUGACAUGUGCUAGAACAUUUUGCAAGACUGCACUGGAUGCUUCACUCUGUCACCUGGUACAGUUGUGAAAAAACUCAACUCGAAUCAACUCAACUCUUCCCCCCUGGCUGAUGUGAAAGAAUGCUGUCAGGCAUGUAGAAAAAAAUGAGGUGUGGACACACGGUGUACACAUGGUUCAAGGUGGGGUUCAUUUAACUUCCUAUUUUACAUGAGAAGAGGACUUUUUGAAUGGAUUUUACAGUUACUAGCUGUACAAUAUUAUUAGUUUAAUUCCAGAACCUUCAUUUUUUUUCCCCCACCAUGCUAUUCUAAACAAUCUGAUUAAAGAUAUCUUUUAGGAUGCCAUUAGACGAGCAGUCCAACUUCAGCGUCAGUUUCUAUUAAAGUAUUCUCAGCACAGUCUUGCAAAAAAAAAAAAAAACAUAAAUUCUGACCGAAAGAUGGAUUUGAUUCCUGUUGUGCUUUGUAAUAGUAUUACAUCUAUGUACAGUUUAUAUUAUUCAAUGUCUGUAGUGUUUGUCUCGACCGCUUUAGACCAUCUCAAGUGUUUGGAUAAUGGAUACUUGUUUAGAACAGUUAAUUCUGCACGUGGGUGACGAUAAAAAAACAAAACAAAAAGAAAAAAACUGCAUGAUAUGCAUGUUGUGAUGGGUCUUGAAAAUCAUUAUCCCCAUUUCUUGACCGUAUUUAUUUGUAACAUGAAAUUACUUAGAUUUUUCCAAUAAGCACAUGACAAUAUGCAAUUGUAUGCUCAAUACACAAUUUCUUUUUAAUUGUCUUUUUUUUUUUGUACAAUAAAUAAUAAAGUGCAAAAGAGAACACCAUGCAGUGCAUAAACUGUGUGUUGGUUGGGUGGGGGACUUGCACAUCGACAAACCAGGAGUAAACACACACACACACACACAAAAACACUGACUUUGUUUAUACACGCCACGUUUGUUAUGUACACACAGUUAUUGUAUGAGACUUGAUUGUGAAGCAAAAAACGCAUUUUUGUUGUGUUUACUGGUUUGGAUAGUUGCCAUGCAGAGCAUAUUUGUGUGUGUGUGUGUGUGUAUGUGUGUGUAAAAGGGUGCAUUUGUGGUGUUGACUGCAAAUUGUGAAAUGAUGACAAAACUCUCACUUUUGCGUCAUGGAAAAGGAGCUAUAAACAAAACAGGUUGUUACUAAAUAGUGUAAUAUACAUGUUCAGCAGUAGGGGUAGCAGUUUCCCGCUAUAUAAUAAUGACACGAUUUUUCAAAAGAUUAAAUGGAGCUUUCUACAGACACAAUAAGGCACGAUAUGCCUACCAAAAAACAAAACAAAUAAAAUAAAAAAAUUAUAUAUAUAUAUAU